ACUAUCUGAGGAUUUGGAUUUUCUACAUCCAAAACAUGAUGUACUUAAAGUUGAAGAUGUAGAUAUUAAGAAAUUGGGGCAGAAUCUUAGUCGUUUAGACGUUCGCAAAACUUUUCAAAGGAGAAAAACUUAUAAUCUCAUUUAUCAG